AUGGCGAAACGACCUCGCGAGAGGUUGACCGCGGGCCCAGCAGUGGCGCGGCGGUCUGCCGAGCCAAGGGCAAGCGCAGUGCCCGACUUGCCCUUGCGCCCAGUCGCUCCAGUGUCGCGAGCUCCGCUGCGACUGCUCGGUCCUGCACGGGUCGACCUCGCAGGGGGCAGGGCUCCGGGCGUUUCUCUCGCCCGCGGCGCCACCUGCCUGGCCGGCGGUUUCCUGGGCGCGGCGGCGGCCUGGCGGUUCGCCAGUGGCCAAUUCGGCAGCUUGCGGGCGACCUCGCAUCCCGAGGUCGAGCGCACCAAGUUCGAGGAAGGCGCCGCCAGCAUCGUGGCCCCCGACGAGAACGACGAGGAGAUGUUUUUCUCGGCACGGUCAACGUGCUGCGCUGAGACGACCUACCUCAUGGCGCUGCAGGCGGGGUCAUGCUGCGGGCGCCAGGGGCGCGGUGCAACCGUUUCCACCACCUGCCGAUGCCUGCCGCGCUACUUGCGGCUGUCACGGCCGCGGCCGCCCGCCCGCGGACCCCCCGCCCUGGCGGCUCCCAUCGCUCCGAACGUCGCAGGCCGGGCCGCGGCGGCGCCGCCCCCGCGGCGAGCGCCCUGGCGCCCCGUCGCCGCGGCGGGCGCCGCAGCUGCCCCGGUCGGCGGGGUCGCCAGCCUGGUCGCGGCGGCGGGCGGGCCCGCGGCCGCUCUGGGGGCCAAGGUGCCUGCCGUUGGCGGCGGCGCCGGCGCCGGCCGCGCGGGCGCCCGCUCCCCCGGCGGCGGCCGUUGCCACCCCAGUCGCGCCGGCAGCGAUGGCCGACGCCCGCGAUGGCCAUGCCACGGGCCCGCCGCUUACCUUGUCGGCAGUUUUCGGGGCGUGCCGCGCGCGAAAGCCACCCGUGGAUUAGUCGGCGGAGUUAUCGAUUUUGACCCAGUACGCUUGGAGUGCUUCAUUCCGUCGCGCUCCAAAUGCGGGGGCCGAUCCCAGUUGCGCGCCGAAGCGGAGAGUCGCAUCUUGUCGCGCGCUGACAGCGCCUCUGGGAUAGGCGCCCCCCCGCACGAUUCGGAUGAGAAGAAGCCGGGGAAGCUCUGCGAGAUCUGCGCGAGCAAGAGGCUCUGCGAGAAAUGCGGGGACGAUAUACCGCUGAACGCGUUGGACAAGUACCCGCGCGGCAAGCGCCGCACCGAAUGCAAGAAAUGCCAGGCGAACCCAGGCUGGAAGGAUUUGCGGGAGUGCAAUGGUUACGACAAAUGGUCGGAGACCUCUGGCACCAGUCAGCACGGCAACCGCGCGCACCACAGGAAGCGCAAUCAGCGCAGGGGGAAAGCCAAGUGCCGGCGGAAGAGACAACCCGCCCGCGCGCCACGGCGUUCGACGCGUCACGGGGCGCCAGGACGUCCCGCGCAGGGCCAUGCCCGGCGCCGCCGCGGCGCGGCGCCCCUCGAGCCGCGGGGCGCUGGCGUCCUGAGCGGCCUGAGCGCAGGGCCAUGCCCAGAGCUGCUGCGCCAGCUUCCACGUGGAGAUGCCAUGGAAGCCGCGUGCGUGACAUGGGCUCCAGAGGCCGCGGGCCUCGAAGUGUCUGCAGAGCCCACAGGCAGGGGCAAGCAAUUGCGACGCGGGCUGGCGGCCGUGCUCUUCCCCGACGCGCCGGACGUGUACGACGUCCUCUCACUUUCCCCGUCGAGCGCCCGGAAAGACGAGUCGGACGUGUACGACCUGGAUUGGAGCGACCCGCGAGCCUUGUCGCCGCCAGGCGGUGGAGCCGGUCACGGCGGCACGCCCUGCCUCGGCGCGGCGCCGGGGCCGGCGUUCAACACGUAUUGCCGGAGCAACUUGGGGCAGGCGCCCCUGGCGGGGCCGCCGGCGGCCCGCGAGCAGUCGCCGCCCGGGGAUGUCACCGGGUCGACCGCGAGCUGCAGUGGGACUUGCGCCGCCAGCAGCAACGGCGCGUCGACGUCGCAGCCGCGGGAGCCCUCGGCCAGCCCGCGGUGGUCGCCACCGCCCGAGCGGCAGGAGCCCCCGCCGAGCGCAGUGGAGCCCCCGUCGGCUGCGGCCUCCUGUGCCUCGGAUGCCACCGUGAACCCGCGGGCGAUCGGCGCGCUCGCACGGGACCCGCCGUCGGUCGCCAGCGCCGCCAGCAGUUGUGGCCGAUUGGGCCGGUGGAGGAGACCGCCGGUGGCGGGGAGCGCCGCGGGGUGGCCGUGACCUCUCCCCGCGCGUCCAGCGGCCGCGGCCGGCCAGCAGCUCCAGGCUGCAGGUUGGCCCUCGCGGCAGGACACGGAAUCGAGCGCCGCCGCCGCCGAGGCGGCAGGUGCGCGCCCGUUCGGCGCGGCGGUGGGCCCGCGCCCAAGUCGCCGGACCACCCCGCCCCUGCGCCUAACUCAGUCCGCACCGUCCCCGCUCCUCCCUUCCCUCCUCGCCAUGCCUCCUCCCCCCAGGAAUAGCCGCCCCGUUUCGGCGGCGCGCACGGGGGGUCAGGGCGACAGGGGGCGGCAGCGCCCUUAACGCUCGUGAUGCUCCGACCUACUUUCAGGCGAUCGCGAACAUGGAUCAGGGGGGCGUGGACUAGCGACGGGCCCCGUUUCCAC